AUGGCUGUUAAUGGCACUGGAAACGACGACGACCAUGGCGAGGAGGACGAAAGUGACGACGAGGAGGACGGCGGCAAAGACGAAGUCGGCGAUCGCAACAGAACAGACGAAAGAGGCGGUGAGUACGACAGCUCUAGCGUAGACGAGGAAGACGACGGUGAUAAUAAUGAUGAAGACGAAUAUGAGGAAUAUGACGGCGAUAAAGACAAUGACAAUAAAAAGGACGAAGACAACAGCGACAGCGAAAACGACCGCGAUAAAGAAGAAGACAACGGCGACAACGAAGUCGAAGACAACGAAGAAGACGAAGACAACGACGAUAAAGAGGACGAAGACGAAGACGGCAGCGACGACGACGAAGACAACGGCGGCGACGACAAAGACGACUUCCGGAAGACACGAGAAUGGGUCUUCCGGGAAAAGUUCACCUCCCAGUAG